ACAUGAGAACUGCUCGACUGGGAUAUCAGCAUGACUGCACCAGUAAUGUUACUUUGCUUAUAUGAAUGUUUCUGUGCUUACAGAUAGUCACAAGACCAGGGAGCAUUGCAUCUACAGAGACACAGACAGAUGUAAAUAUGGAUGAUCUUGAUGCUGAUGGUCUACAGCUUAUCACAGCAAGAGAUGAAGUACUGAGGUUAGGGAAUGAACUCGUUGAGAAGGAUAAUCGCAUAACCGAAUAUGAGAGAGUACUACAUUCCCAGAGACAGUGGGCAGAGAGAGAGAUAGAGGCAAAGGAAGAAAUCAUACAAGCCUUGGAGAAAAAGUUAGAAGUCCAGGGAGAGAAGGUAGGGGAUGCUCGCAUGAUAAAAUUGUGUUCUGCAUACUGAAAGAGAACAUUCCCUUCUCUGAAUUAUCAUCAGAUGCUCAGAUCU